AUGACCUUGAACUCCUCCCUACAGUGGUCCCCCGCCCCCCAUUGUGGCACAGGGACUGAGCCAGUUCUCCCCAUGACUCACCACGGGGUGCCCCCCUCCUCAGGCCCCCAAACUGGUCCCAGCCCUUCCAAAACGGUCAUUAGAGGGGGGGCGGCCCCUCCCUCCUCCCCCACCACCUGUCCCGUGGGCAGAGGCCGGGGCUCUGGGAACAAGGAGAGGCCUGCGGAGGAGGCAAAGCGGCAGCCCCCGGAGCCUGGGCCGAAGGCAGUCCCGGAGAAGAGAGACAUGGGAAUCCCAACGAGCCCCGAGGACGGGAGCCAGGAGGGGUCCGAGCGUCCUCAGGGCCAAGCCGAAGUCGGGGAGACCGGCGAGCAAGAAGUCUCCGAGGCCCCAGGCGCAGCCGGCAGGGAAGAAGAGGAGGAUGAAGAGGGGAGCAGUACGGAGAGCGGUCGGGACCAGGGCGAAGCCCCACCCCUCGUGCCACCCCCUGUAGAGGGGCCACGAGGUGCAGCCCGACGUCUGAGGGGGCAGCAACUGGAGGCGCUGACCCGGGUGGCCCUGAUGGAGCAGAGGGUCAAGGAGCUCCAGCAGCAAAGGAAGGAGCUGAGGAUAGAGAUGGAGGUAGAGGUGGCUUUGCUUCGAGGGGAGCUGGCUGGCGAGCGAGUGGCUGCCCGGAGGGAAGAGGAGCAUCUUCAGGAGCUGCAGAGACAGCAGGAGGCAGCUGAACAGAAGGCUGGGGAGCAGAGGGAACAGGAACAGCAGCGUCUUAGGGAGGCCCGGGCCCGGGUGGAGGCUCUUCGGCUGAAGCUAGAGGAGGCUCAGGACAAAUUGGACUCAAAGCCCGAGGGUGACAGGGAGGAGCUGUUGAAGGGGGUCCAGGAGGUCUCUGAGCAGUUGGAAGCUGCCCAGCGUUCCUAUGAGGAUCUAGAGUUCCAGCAGCUGGAGAAGGAGAGUAGCCGUGAAGAGGAAGUGGACGGGUCAGGGCACCAGGGGCUGGGCCCCAAGGUCCGAGAACUACAAGGAAGCCUGGCCCAGCACAGGCGUCGAAUCCAGGUCCUAGAGGAACAGCUGGGGUCGCUCGGGGAACAGAUGGCAGCUGAAAGCCGUGGCUUGAGCCGAAAGAAGGAAGAGGCAUUGCAAGCCUUAAGCCAGGAGAGGCACCGGCUUCUAGAACUCAACCAUUUGCAGGGGACCCAAAGUGGAGAUGGCAGUUUCUCUGAGCAGAGCAAGGCCCUAACCAAGCUCCUGUUCACCCAGAAGACGAAUCGCCACCUCCUGGUCCUACAGGAUUCCUCGGCCCCAGCAUCGACCGCCGCCUCCUCCUGCCUCUUCUCUGUGCACAGCUCUCUCCAGGGCUCCUUUGGGCUCCAGAGGACAGGCAGUUUGCCUCGGAGAAAGGGAGACCGGGCCCGACAGAGGGGAUCUACACGACCCCUGUCCCUGCACUGCAGCCGGCCCCUGGAGGCCUCUGCCCUGCAGCCCCCUCCAGGCGACCCCCAGAGACAUGCUCUGUGCCAGCUGCUGAACUGUAGCCCUGGAACCAGCUGUGGAGUGCCCCAUCCUGAUAUCAUCCGAAUGGAGAAGCUGCUCCAACAGGCCGUGGCAGAACGGGAGAGGCUGCUCCAGGCCCGGGAAGGAACUAAGAGGAGCAAAGAGGAAGCCAAAGCUACUCCAGCCAUCAUGGCCCCUCCGCCACCCCCGCCCCCCCCACCGCCACCCCGACCUCCAGGCCCCCGGGUUCUGGACUUGUACCAGCACCUGGAGCGCUGGGGCCACAGCCCCGAAAGCUGCCCUCAUGUUCGAGUGACCAGCGGCUGCUGCCGGGGGCCGCUGGUGAAGGUGGGGGGCCGGAUCAAGACUUGGAGGAAGCGAUGGUUCUGCUUUGACCGCCAUGCCCGCCGGCUGGCCUACUAUGCUGACAAAGAAGAGACCAAACUCAAAGGAGUCAUUUACUUCCAAGCCAUAGAAGAAGUGUAUUAUGACCACCUGCGAUGUGCCUUCAAGAGCCCCAGCCCUCGCCUGACAUUCUGCGUCAAGACCUACGAGCGCCUCUUCUACAUGGUGGCCCCCAGCCCAGAGGCCAUGCGCAUUUGGAUGGAUGUCAUCGUGACCGCUGCAGAUGAGAACCACGCCCCCUGAUCCAGGCCGGCCCAAGUCCCCCAAAACCCCACCUCUUCCGAACUUGCCCCAACAGCGCCCGGUCCACUGCCUAGUAUUGUCACAGCCCAGGUCUUCUUUGCCUCUCUGGGCCUCACUUUCCCCAUCUGUAAAAUGAGGGUCAGACGAGCUGACCGCUGAGGUCCCUUCCAGCUCGAUCCCAGAUGCCAUGAAAAUGCUCCCAGUGAGGCCCCACCCACUGCCCAACGUUUAAAGCCCGG